UCUUGGAAGCGUGCACGAUCAAGGAAAAAAUCGAAAGAAGGCGUCACAUUGAAAUUAUGAUGGUCAUUUAGGGAGUAAAAUAGUAGAACAAUUAUUAUUUAAGCGGAUUCGUUGUUUAAGAAUGGAAAAUUUAGGCGAAGAAAGUAUUGAUGUCAACAUUCCAUCAGGGAAAUCUCAAGAGAUCAACAAUGCAGCAGGUGAUGUCUUGGAAGAAAUUCCAGUUACCUCGACCAAUGGCUUCCCUGACAUAAACAGUCAAGUACCAGCAGUACAAGACACAAAUGAAACGGGGGAUCUAGGUGCUGUCACCAUGAUCUCAGAGACACAAGUGACUUCACUUCAGGAUACCCCAGUCAUGACACAAGAUCUGGAACAAUUCAUGCAGCAAACACAAGAGUCCAUGUUGAUGUCUACCAUAGAGCAGAAUGUAGUUGAAGAAAAAACAGAAGAAAGCCCAAGUGUGCAAGAGCCAGACUCUGCUGUUGAACCGGAAAAUGCACCAGCCGGUGAUAUUGAAGAACUUGUCAGUACAAAUGUUCUUAUCCAGGUUACCACAGAGGGUGUAGUUGUUCAAACAUCUGAAGGUGAAAAAGAGGGAACUGAAACAGUUGAACAGAAAGAAGAAUUAAAACAAGAUGAAGAAGUUGCUCCAGAAAAGUCUGAGGAAGUUACAACUGAACCAGAGACCCAAACAACUGUGGAGGACUUUGUGCAGGAAACCACUGACAGGAAUACAACUGAACCAGAAACUCAAGGAACCCUGGAGGAGUACAUCAUGGGACAAGACACUGGUGAUGAAAGUGAAGCAGUGACAGCUGAAACCGAGGAAGAUCAACAGGAAAUCAAUACUGAAAGUGAGAACGCAGGUGAGGAAGACGUCGAAGAAGGAAAUGGUGUUGAAGAAGUUGAGUCCGCUGAGGGAGAUGGUGUAGACAUUGAUGAUGAUCAGAUGGAGGAUGCAGUGGAUGAAGAGUUAGAGGCAGAAGAGGAGGAGGAAAUUACACAGGAAUUGGAAACAGUAGAGGAAGCAAUGGAAGAUGAGCAGGGGGAGGAGGAAGAAGAAGAUGAUGAACCAGAGCAGAUUAGUCAGAAGAAUGUCAAGUCGGUGGUAAAAACUUACCCAAAACGGAAAGGAAAGGCAGAUGAAUAUGAUGAAGAAGAAGAACCAAGCCAAGAGGAGAUGGAGCCUGUAAGCAAAGGGCGAGGUAGAAAAUCUGCAGCUAAAGAAUCUGAUAAAGAAAGUUCUAUAUCAGAAACUCCAGAACCUAAGCCUAGGGGUCGUGGUAGGCCACCAAAGGGAAGCAAACCUUCUCCUAGUCCAGCAGUAAGUGAUUCUGAACCAAAGAAGAGAGGGCGUCGGUCAUCUUUAAAAGAAACAGCUGCAGAAGAAAGCACCGAGAAGGUAACACCAUCUAAGGGUAGAGGAAGGCCUAAGAAAAAUGAAGCCGAGGAGGAAGGAACACCAGAAGUAAAGUCAGCAAAGCGUGGUAGGGGAAGACCAAAGAAACAAUUUCAGGAGGAAGAGCAAGAGGAGGAAGAAGAAGAAAUGGAGGAAGAGGAGGAGAAUGAAGAUGUAGAAGAAGAAGAAGAGGAAGAAGAACCAGUCAGAAAAGGCAGAGGAAGACCAGCUAAAAAAGGAAGAGGACGUCCCAAAAAGCAAGUAAAAGAGACUGUGGAAGAUGAGGAGGAGGAGGAGGAGGAAGAGGUAGAACCAGAGGAGCCAAAGUCUGCAAAACGAGGAAGGGGUAGACCCAAAAAGCAACCAGAUAGCGAAGUAGAGACUACUGCACGAUUAACAAGGAAAACAAUUAAAGAGGAACCAUCAACUCCCAGCAAUGAAACUAAAAAGCGAGGAAGGGGGAAGAAGAAUCAAAGUACAGAAAAGGAUGAAGAUUUGGAAAUGGAAGUGGAUGAUGUUCCUAUUGAACUUAGUGAAAAUGAGGAUGAAGAGGAAGAAAAUGUUGAAAUCAAGAAAAAGCGUGGCAGGCCUUCAAAAUCUGGUGAGAAGACCCCUAAAGGGAGAGGAAGACCAAAGAAAGGAGAUAAUGAGGAAAAAACUCCAAAAAGAACUCCUUCUGCCACAGCAACAUUAUCAAAGAAACGCAGUAGAGGAGAUGAGGACACUGAAUCUCAAGAAUCUACAACUGAUGAUGCACCCACCCCUGCAAAAAAACAAAGGGGACAGACCACUGAUGCUGCCACAUCUGAUGCUUCCACAGGACCCGGUGUUGGUACAAUAAAGUAUGAACAGUCUGAAGCAGGGCCAUCAUCCAAAGGUCAUACUUUGUUGAAGGAACCUGGACAAGGUGCAAUGAAUGCAGGAGAUGUCUAUGACUUUGAUCAAAUAGACAUUGACAAUAUCAUGACAGCUCAGCCUGGAACUUCAAAAGAUGUCUCACAAGGCACACAGACCAAUUUUGUUGAAGUAGAGUUAAUUGAGGAAUCUCCUGGAAAACGGUCUGUCUUAACACAAACAGAUCCCAGAUUGAAGAAAAAGAAGUUUGGUCCAAUUGGACAAGACAUGGAAACAAGUAUGGAAGAUGAUUUUGACUCCCCAAAGAAGAAGAGGGGUAAAAAGGAUGAAGAUGUAGGAUUGUUUGAGGAGAUGGAGAACAAGAGGAGAGGGAUUAGAAAUACAGAAGAAGCUUUGAAUUGCCCUUUUUGUGACAAAGCUUUCAUUGGAUUGGUAAAGCAUAUAAAAGGGAAGCAUAAAGAUGAAACUGAUUACGAAGAAGAGAUGAGGAAUGCCAAGUGGAGAGAAAAGAUUAUGAGAGUUUCAGUGCAGGGCAAUGUAGAAGAAGGGGAACAAUGCCCAGAAUGUGGAAAAGUAGCCAAGAAUAUCAAGAGACACAUGGAGCUUCAUCAGCAAAAUAGAAUGCAAAUUCCUUGUCCAAUCUGUGGAAAGGUGGUGCUAAAAACAGGAAUGAGUUCCCACAUGAGAACAGUGCACUCUGGACGAAAACCCUACAAAUGUCCUCACUGUGAUUAUGCCUCUGCAUUCCGAGGCAAUCUGAAUACACACAUGAAGGGAAUGCAUCUGCAUACUAGGCAAUAUCUCUGCAAUACUUGUAAAGCUGCUUUUAAGACACUUGGAGCCCUGAUUGGACACACCAAGAGAGUUCAUGAAGGAUGGAAAUCACCCAAUCAGAAGAUUUUUAUCUGCUCUGUAUGUGAGAAGCGAUUCACCAAGAAAUAUCACGUAGAUCGCCACAUGCUGAUCCACACAGGAGAAAAGCCUCACAAAUGUGGAGACUGUGGCAGAUGCUUCAAUAACAAAUCAAACCUUAUGUCCCAUAUUCAGCUGGUCCACAAGAAGCUGUCACCAUACCAGUGUGACAUGUGCCACGAAACAUUCAAAAGAAAGAAGAUGCUUCUGGAGCACAUAGGCCGUAUUCAUGUCACCGCGGGUGAGGCGGCACAAGCUAUCAUCAGGAAGUUUGAACUGACUGAAGAGGUUGAGGAGGAUGAAAUGAUGCCUGAAGACGAAUCUGAUGAAGAGGAACAAGGAGCUGAGGUAGGUUAAUUUGAUUGGGGGGAAUAACA